AUGUCCUCUAAGCGUGUUUACCUCCUUCGUCAUGGCCAAGCUGAGCAUAACGUAGCGAAUGAUUACUCGAUCCACGAUGCCGUAUUAACACCGUAUGGACGACAACAAUGUGUCGAGUUUGCUCAAGCCAACCCUGAUUUUCAGAACAUCCCAGAGUUGAUUAUCGCCUCUCCCUUUAGAAGAACUCUUUCCACCACGCUCCUGGCCGUACCUAAGACCUUUGAACGGCUAUCUCCUCGAGGCGUCAUAUUGAUGCCGCAAUUACAAGAGACUCACGACUUUCCCUGCGAUACAGGCUCAGAUCGCGAUGUUCUCGAGCAAAUAGAAGAAUUCAAGGAUCGAGGUUUUGACUGGAGCGUAUUGACGGAUGAUUGGAACAAGAACGAGGGAUUCUACGCACCGACUCCGGAAGCUCUGGCUGAUCGCGCCAAAUGGGUCCGGAGGUUUGUGAGGGAUCGGCCGGAGACUAACAUUCUUCUCAUCGGGCACGGCGGAAUCUUUCGAGAGAUUGAUGGCCGGAUGAGGGGCCCCAAUUCGGGGGUAACGGUCUCAUUAUCGAGAUGGGGAAACGUCGAAUGUCGAGUGUAUACUUUUCAGAACGAUGAUGACGAAAACGCGACCAUGAUUCCCAUUCAGGAGCCAUCCCUCAUACAUGCGAUUGACAAACCCAUUGAUUCACAUGUUGAAAUUGAGGUCGUUGCUUGA